AUGACAGCAGCAUGUCGGGAGCAGCAGGGGGCGUGGCCGCGGUGGGCCGAGUCCAGCUGAAGCUCAGGAAGACACUCAAGGGUCACCUGGCUAAAAUCUACGCCAUGCACUGGGGAGCUGACUCCAGGCAAAUGGUCAGUGCAUCGCAGGACGGCAAGCUCCUCGUCUGGGACACUUUCACAGGGAACAAGCUGGUUGCUGUGCCACUGAAGUCGGCCUGGGUGAUGAGCGUCGCCUUCGCCCCCUCCGGAAACCUGGUGGCCAGCGGCGGUCUGGACAACAUCUGCACAGUGUACAACAUCAAGGCUGCCAGCCCCAAGACCCUGAGGGAGCUGGACGCACACACAGGUUACCUGUCCUGCUGCCGUUUCCUGAGCGACUCUGAGAUCCUGACAGCCUCCGGGGACACCACCUGCUGUCUGUGGGACCUGGAGACUGGCAAGCAGAAGAUUGUCUUCACCAACCACAUUGGAGACUGCAUGUCGCUGGCUCUGUCCCCAGACAUGAACACCUUCAUCUCUGGAGCCUGUGACUCCCUGGCCAAGCUGUGGGACCUGAGGGAAGGAGCCUGCAAGCAGACCUUCUCUGGACACACCAGCGACAUCAAUGCCAUCUCUUUCUUCCCCAGCGGAAAUGCCGUCAUCACAGGCUCCGACGACUGCACCUGCAAGAUGUACGACCUGCGCUCCGACCAGGAGGUGAUUGGCUACCAGGACAGCAGCCUGAACGCCGGCGUCACGUCUCUGGCCCUGUCCAACUCAGGACGCCUUAUCUUUGCUGGCUACGACGACUUCAACUGCCACAUCUGGGACUCGCUGAAGGGGGAGAAAGUUGGUGUGCUGUCCGGUCAUGACAACAGGGUGAGCUGCACCGGCGUCCCAGAGGAUGGUAUGGGCGUCUGCACAGGAUCCUGGGACAGCUUCCUCAAACUGUGGAACUGAGGCGUCCCGACGAAGGAAAACACCAGAGGAGGAGGAGGAGGAGGAGGAGGAGGAGGAGGAAAGGGGUGGGGAGGGUGUUAGGAAAAGAGUGAAGACAGGAUGGAGAAGAGGAGAGGAAAGUGAACUAAAAGACCAGUGAGGUUGGAGGAUAUUUGGUGCAGCUGUUGGAGCAAAGAUCUUCCUCUCUCCUCUCUCUCCUUCCUCUCCUUCCUCUUCUUCCUCAUUCAUGUAUGCAAAAUAUGAGGCUGCGAAUGAGUCGAGUUGUGUAAAUGGCAUCAGGUAAACGGUGCGCGAUGCAUCCCGCUGCAUGUACAAGAGAGUUUUAUUGUUGUCCAGACGAUUUAAACGCUGAAAAAAUAAAAACAUAGCACAUUAUUCCAAAUGAUUACCGGGCGGGAAACCAGCUCUUACUGUCACUUAAACACAUUUAGAUUUUUGGCAAUAAGAAAAAAGAAAGAAAGACCAGGUGAAUAUUGAAAAUAAAACUGUAGCGUACAGAUUUAUUUUUAUUGUAUUUUAUUGAGAUCUUUGACCCGUAAAAGAGCUCCGCACUUAUUUAGAUGGAAGAUUGUAAAUUCAUUUGUAUUUUAUAGGUUAACAUAUUAGGGUGGAGAGUUGAUGUACAGCGUCUUUUUUGUCUUUUUCUUUUCUUUUUUUUUCUUUUGGGCUGCACAUCUCCAAAAUAUGUGUGUGUGUAUGGUAGAGCUGCCAUCUUGGGUCCCCUGCCAACAAACAGCAGACUUUGAUCCAAGAUGGCCGUCUCACCAUGAAAAUCCGAUGACGUACCGAAGACGAAUGGAGGCGGAGCCCGGCUGGCGGUGCUGUGAGACUCGCUCUGACCUGUGAAACACCUGUAAACUGUAUCUCACUCCCCCUGGGUUCACCUGCAUUUUGUAGUACUUUUACACUUGUGCAGUUCCUCUGUAAAAAGACGAAAUGUUUGUUGAAAAUCUUUCUAAUAAACAUAGAAUUCUGCAU